AGAACAUACGUGUAUGCGCACGCACGCGAACAGGAACUUCCAACAGUCACCAAUUAAAGAAGAAAGAAAGGAAGAAAGGCUCUUAGCUUCGCGCUACGCAUUCUCACUUCCUCCUAUCGCUUUCAGUAAACCGAACAGAAACGUUUUGAACCUUCUUUUACAAAUACAAUACAAAACUAGCAUCAACCAACGAGAAACAACCAAGCAAGAAAGCGAUGCUGCGCCGCACACUGCGCUACGCCUUCGCCGCGGUGAAGUGCCCACCGGUGUUGAAUGAGCCGAUGGACAGCUUCGAGCCCGGCUCCGCCUCCGCGAAAGGCGUGCUGGCCGCCUGCAAAGCCGCUCGCCACGAAGUCCGCGACUGCCCGAUUGUGAUCGGCGGCAAGCCGUACACCACCUCCAGCGUGAUCAAGGGAGUCAUGCCGUCCGAUCACCAGGUGCAGAUCGCGAAGGCGUACAACGCAACGCCGGAGCUGGCGACGAAGGCGGUGGAGGCGGCGAUGACGGCGGCGAAGGAGUGGAGUCGGGUGCCCUUCCGGGACCGCGCCGCCAUCUUCUACAAGGCAGCGCACCUGCUCUCGACCAAGUACCGGCACGAGAUGCGCGCCGUCACGAUGCUGGGACAGAGCAAGAACCCGUGGCAGGCGGAGAUCGACUGCAUCGCGGAGGCGUGUGAUUUUAUUCGGUGGAACAUCCACUUCGCGGAAGAGCUGUACGCGCAGCAGCCUCGCUCGGUGGCGAACAGCGGGGUGUGGAACACAACGGACUACCGGCCGCUGGAGGGCUUCGUCUCGGCCAUCACGCCCUUCAACUUCACCGCGAUUGCCGCGAACUUGGCGGGGACGCCGGCGCUGAUGGGCAACACGGUGGUCUGGAAGCCGAGCCCGACGGCGGUUGCGUCGAACUUCUUAAUGUUUAAGAUCUUUGAGGAGGCGGGACUGCCGGCCGGUGUGAUCAACUUCGUGCCGUGCGAGCCGUCCGUCAUGGACAGCGCCGUCAACGCAGACCCGCGCCUCGCCGCGCUCGUCUUCACCGGCUCGACGCGUGUGUUUACGGAGAUCAACAAGAACAUCUACGGCCGCCUCGAGAACUAUCGCAACUUCCCGCGCAUCUCCGGCGAGACGGGGGGAAAAGACUUUCAUCUGAUCCACCCUUCGGCAGAGCUGACCUACGUCGCCGCCGGCACCAUUCGCGCCGCCUUUGAGUACCAGGGCCAGAAGUGCAGCGCCUGCUCACGCAUCUAUGUGCCGAAGAGCUGCUGGGCGGAGCUGAAGGCCCUGCUCCUGAAGGGGCAGAAGCAGCUCAAGAUGGGCCAGCCGGACGACUUCCAGAACUUCAUGUGCGCCGUCAUCGACGAGACGUCCUUCAACAAGAUUAAGAAAUACAUCGACGUGGCGAAGGCGGAGAGCGACAACUACACCGUCGUCGCGGGUGGUCGCUGCGACAAGUCGAAGGGCUACUUUAUUGAGCCGACGAUUGUCGAGACGAAGGACCCACGCGCGCAGCUGAUGCGGGAGGAGAUCUUCGGUCCGGUGCUGACAGCCCACGUGUACGACGACAGCAAGCCGGGCUAUUGGAAGGACGUGUGCGAGCUGGUGGACACGACCACCAAGUACGGCCUCACCGGCGCCGUCUUUGCACGCGAUCGCGCGGCGCUGCGCGAGGCGGACGGGCAUCUGCGCUACGCCGCGGGCAACUACUACGUCAACGACAAGUGCACGAGCGCCGUGGUGGGGCAACAGCCGUUUGGCGGCUCGCGGCUGAGUGGGUCGAACGACAAACCAGGUGCCGGGCAGUUCGUGACGCGCUUUGUAUCGGCACGUUCGAUCAAGGAGAACUUCGACGUGACGCCGGUCAUCUCGUACCCGCACCAGCUGCCGGACGUGUACACCCUGUAG